AUGGGGGUGGAAUUAUGGGGAAGAAAUGUUACAUCGUUCGAUUCAUUGGAUUUGAGGUUCAAUUCAGAUGGGAGCAUUGAUCUUCAAAGGGUGCUCAUCGGUGGUGAGCAGGAGAUAGCAGUCGGUGGGUUUCUGGCUCGUUUUCUCUCGGCAGGAAGCUCACUGGUGGAGUUGAUUGUGGUCUCCAACAACGAUAGAAAUCGAGCAAGAGGGCAUGGUGUUUGGGUGAUAUUUACUGAACAACAAACCAUUGAACCAAACACCCUUAAUGCCAUAGAAGGGUAA